GAGCGCUUACACGAAACGCAUCCAAACACUUCACUGACCCAUUCCACAGUCGCAAAUGGAUUUCGCCAGGGCAUUAUUAUUUUUCUGUAGCUUACUAACACCGGCAGCACUGUGCACUGUUGCGACCUCUCAAAACGUCCCCAACAAAACACCGAACGCGGGAAGUUCGUCGACAGGGUGCGGUAAUGUUCACGUCAACAACUACUGCCCAGCGCCAGACAAGGAGAUCCUAGCUCAGCUUCUUAAAAUACGGACCCAGCUGGCGGACAUACAGCAGAGGGUGGAUUCGUUGGCUGGAAAUAACUCUAAAUCAGGUAGGUGAAAUAGGAACAAGGUAGCCAUAACACACACCGUAAUUGGCAAAGCAUAUUUUUACACUGUUUAAACAUGCUUUUUCAGUCUCAAUCUUUUGGUCAGGAUAUAGUGCAAUCACUCUAGUCCAAAUUAAUUAACCUGCGCAAACCGUGAGCCAACCCGGUCAGCAUGAGACUGUCUUCAGGGUUUUAAGGUACCUUUUUUGGAAGAUAUGGCGACGUUUUACACUGAUAUAUCAGGCUUGAAGCAAAAAUCCCGCUAUCAUAUACCCUGAUUCUAUGGUUUACCUUUUUUAACAGAGAAAUGAAAUUAUGUGAUUUCUUAAAAUUAUAAUUAUAGUUAAGAAGAACUGUGCUGAGCUGUACAAAUCUGGCCAAAAAAACAGCGGAGUUUACAUAAUUGACCCUGAUGGUUCAGGCGCCUUUGAUGUUUUCUGUGAUCAAAAAGCCGCUGGAGGAGGUUGGACCGUGAUCCAAAAAAGAUUGGACGGUUCAGUUGAUUUUCAGCGAGGAUGGAAUGACUACAAGCGCGGAUUUGGUAGCUUGAAUGGCGAGUUUUGGCUCGGACUCGAUAAGAUGAACCGAUUGACAAAAACAAAAAGCCGACUUCGAGUGGAGCUCGAAGACACGAAAGGAAUUACUGCUUACGCUGAAUAUGAUUCCUUUGGCGUGGCAAGUGAGAAAGCUUUGUACAAAAUGAGCCUUGGAAGUUAUUACGGUGAGUUGAUGAUGAUAAAUUAUAGUGAACGUCACCAAACGGAAAAAAAGAGUCAGUACGGUAAAACGGGGCACAUAAAUAUGCAGCUUAUUUUGCAAAAUUGCUGCAAAACAAGUUGUAACAGAAGCAAUGUUGCUCGUUUUACUACCCACUUUCAAACCUGUCUUGCAAAAAAUCAGGUUGCUGAAGUUUGCAGAAAGUUGUUGCAGGAAGUAGAGGGUAGUUCUACACUGAGCCGUUUUCUUCGUACAUGAUGCUCAUUUUACUAGCCCAAGGCAAACUUGUUUUGCAGCAAGUGAAGCCACUCUCGUGUAUGAUGUCACCAGCUCGUAAUUUUAUCCAAUCAAAGAUUAGUCUUAGCGCAACCUGAUUUGCUGCAAGAUAGGUUUGAAGAUGGGUGGUAAAACGCGCAACAUCGCUUUUUUCAACUCAGUUUGCAACAACGUUUCGAAACAAGCUGCUCGUUUUUCUUGUCCGUUGUACCGUAGCUUAUCUGGGUAUCCAACCUCGUCCUCAGGGCUUUUCCAUUCAGUUUGAAAAAUGAGAGAGGCGUACAUCCCAUUUUAAAGGGAAAUGCCCUGGAGACGAGGGUGGGAAAGGAGACGUAAGGAUUUCCCUAAAGCGCCAUCCGCAGUCUCCUAAAGUAAAAAUGUUUUUACUUUACCGGUGAGUUUUACAGGUUCUUAGACCGAGGUUGAGCCAAAUUUUCCUCGGCAAAAUAAUCUAAUUUUACAGAAAAAGGUGUCUGGCGUAGAAAAGAUUGUGAAUUUCAGUGACUGUUGAAGACCUAACAAAGAAUCAAGCACCUUUUAAGGACCUAAACCAAAUUCAAGGACUUUUCAAGACGACUAGUAAAAUUCAAGACCUUUUCAAGAUUGUUCGAACUAUGGUCUUAAAAAUUCAGACAGGGACAUAUGAACCCCCUCAAAAGCCUCGUUUUCACUAGUGCAUUAGCAUAAGGACAUACGCACGCGCAGAAUGGCAUAUUUGACUCAAUUCUCGAUACCAGCUCUCCUCAACCCGAUGGUAGACAAGAUGGCGGACGAAGCAUCCGCCAUAUUGCUUUUGAAAUGUUCGCAUGAGGUCUGGGUCAAAGUGACCUAUGAUUGGUCCACGGCCUAGUUCUUAUGCUUGUACUUAUGUCGACCCAGUUUUCACUAGUCAAAAUACGACAUAAGCAUAACCAUAAGCACAAGAAGAACGAACUUGUCCCUGCGUUUUUCUUGUGCUUAUGCUUAUGACGACCCAGUUUUCACUUGCUUACACGUGUGCUUGUGCGUAUGUGCUAGUGAAAACCAGGCUUAAGAGAGAAUCAACAAUAAGAGAUGUGUUUUCAAAGGCCAAUGAAAAUAGUGCUUUCUGAGAGCUUUAUGGCUACUGAGGCGGGGAGGGAGUGUCUCCCGUUUUCAUCUUCCUCAUGGUCCCACGCAAUGAUAUCUUCCGCCCUUCUCUAGUCGACUUGUUGUUGACGAGUGCUGAACGGAAUGGUGUCAAGAGAGAAAGAGCUUAUUCUCUUUUGACGAGUAGAUUACAAGGCUAUUACGAGUUUUCGUUAUUCUCGAAUAAACGCCGCAUUUUCUGAUUAGCCUGCGCGAUAGACAUCUGCGAAACAGCGCCGAAAUUCUUGCUCUGGGCCCCCAACGGUGUAUCAGGAUUUGAGUAAGCAUCAUGAUUGGCCUGUUAAGAAAGCCAUUGUCGAUUUGCCAAUCAGGUUGAAAACAUGUUGGAAACGCACUUCCGGUAAUUUGCUGAGUCCGUAGGGGGCCCCCAUAUUGGGUGCGGCGUUUAUUCGAGAACGGCGUUAAUGCAAAGAUUUUUUCAGGAACUGCUGGAGAUUCGUUGAGUUAUCACGCUGGAUCCCCGUUUACAACCAAAGAUCGCGACAAUGAUAAAAACUCAGGCAACUGUGCCGUGAGCUACAAAGGAGGAUGGUGGUUUAACAACUGUGUGACCGCCAGUCUUAAUGGUUUCUACUAUCACGGACAGCACUCAACGUAUCAUGAUGGUGUUAACUGGCGCGCGUGGAAAGGUGGCAGCUACUCGGCUAAAAGAGCUGAGAUGAAGAUACGACCAGUGGAUUUCUAGAACGUGAGGUGAUUUUUUAGUGCAUUUCAAGGCACU